AUGAAGAAGAGUGGACGCGGUGACGGAGGACGCGGUGAGGCGUCACGUCAGUCGCGUCAUGUGCAAGGUAUGGAGCCUGAGGAGCACAAGGACCUGGAAACAGUCGUCCGCGACGGUCAGAGGGCGAAGAAGGCUGCUCGCGAUAGCGAGGCAGUGCAAGAUGGGGACGUCGAGGCGUCUGCAGUUCAAGAUCAGCCUGCUGUAGGAUCGCAAACUCAGGAGGAAGAAGUUUCCCCUGAGCUCCAAGGUUCGACGGAGGUGAAUUCUGGGUCGCGGAUUCCUGACGAGCACACCCGCGAGGGUGGUGCUCAGGCGUCUGAGGGAUGCGCCAAUGCGGUUGUGCCCCCGGAGGUGAUUGACUUGGUCUCAUCUUCGGACGAGUCUGUUGUGGAAGUGAAGCCGGAGCCCGUGCGAGCGAAGAAGGAGGCGAAGACUCAGAGUUGCAAGGUGAAUUCUGGGCUCGCACCACCUGAACCCAGAGUUUCAGCGCCAAGUUCGCAAGCGGCACCCGGGAAGACGCCUGAAAGCGACAUCCGGGAGCUGCUGCGCCUGUUCCGGAAUCGGGAGCAGCGGCGUUGGACACUGAGAGCAUGGUGCUACGUGAAUUCUGGGAAGGUGACGCCCCCGAGUGUCGUCUAUGAAUGGCCGACCCCGAAACCGGACGCCAACUCGUACUUCGCGGCCGCGUACGCAACGGGAGACUACUUCAAGUGGCGUUUGGCUCUGGCGAACCAAGAUGAAGCCUGGAUCUCUAAGUUUCACCUCGCCCGGUAG